CCGUCUCUCCCUCCUGCCGCCCCCGCCGCGCCGGGGUGCCGUCCUCGGUCCUCCGCAGCCGCAUCACGCCGCAUGACCGGCCUCCCCCUUGCUGCGGCGUUUAGUUGGGAACGAAACGGAAACCGCCGUCCACGUUUGCUACAUUAAUUCCUUGGCCCUUGCAAAGAGUCGAGGGGUCCGGAUAUCUUGACGAAUUACCUCGAGCCGAUGGGGUGCUGUGGAAGCAGUGCCGUAGAUGAUGAGGAACAUCUGGACUACAGCUCCGGAAAAGUCACUAUCAUACCCGAUCUGAAGUCUUGGGAACAUAAAUUGGAUGAAGCAAAUGAACUAGGGCAAACAGUUGUGGUAAAGUUCAGUGCAACUUGGUGUGGACCAUGCAGGAAUGCAGCUCCAGUAUACGCCGAGCUUUCUUUGAAGCAUUCUGAUCUUCUUUUCGUCUCCAUUGACGUAGACGAACUGCCGGAAUUGGUCACACAAUUCGAUGUACGUGCAACUCCAACGUUCAUCUUCAUGAGAGAUAAGAAGGAGAUCGACAAGCUGGUUGGGGGCAACCAUGAAGAUCUCCAGAAGAAGUUCGACCCAUACUGCCAGUGCCAGUAGAUGUGAUCCAUGGCCAAUUCGGCUGUCAGUAUAGGAUCAGAACGAGCAGAGCCAAACAUCUGAUUGGCUGAAAACCGCGACAGAUCAGAAUUUUGCAGCCAGUUGAUGAGCUCUCUCUGGGAGUGUCUGCAUCUGCAUAGGUUCGAGGAACUGACCAAAGGAAGUAGGAUUUCUGUCUAGAAUAAUGUAAGGUUAGCUAGUGUCUGAAAAUUCUGCACCACAUUGUUCAAGCAAGUCCCAUACAGAACAACAAGUUGUAACA